CCGUUGUUCGUUUUUCCAAAAUCCAGAGCUAAACAAUGGCGGAGGACGAAGCUGUGGUAUCGACAUCAUCACUGACAAUGACCGAACACACCGUCACUGAGGCUCCGACCGAUGUGGAAAUUCAAACCUCGAACGAGGCCACCAUCGAAUCGAACGUCCAGGGAGGCACUGAGUCCACUUGCAAUAACAUCAGCAACAGUGGAGAAGCUUCGGCUCUGACUUCCGAUGGAGAUGGAGAUGGAGAUGGAGAGAAAUCUCUGGAGUUCGCGGACGUGUUGACUGAUAGAGGAACCAAAGCUCUUAAGGAAAGUGAUUAUGGCGAGGCUGCCGAGUGCUUCAGCCGUGCUCUAGAAAUCAAGGUUUCACACUAUGGUGAACUUGCCUAUGAGUGCUUAAAUGCUUACUACCAAUAUGGGCGUGCAUUGUUGUACAAAGCUCAAGAAGAGGCCGAUCCACUGGCUACAGUACCCAAGAAGGAUAGUGAAUCUAAACAAGACUCUGAUAAAGAUGGAUCCGUUAAAAAUUCAAUAAAUGGAGAAUCUUCUACUGCUUCUGUUUCAAGUAAUGUAGAAGAGGAUGGGAAGCACAAUUCCAAUCAUCAAGGAGGAGCAGCAGAUGAUGCAUCUGGGGGGAAAGAUCAGGAAGAGGAAGGGGGGGAUAGUGAAGAUGAAGACUUGGCAGAAGCUGAUGAAGAUGAGUCUGACCUUGACUUGGCUUGGAAAAUGCUAGAUGUUGCCAGGGCAAUUGCUGAAAAACACUCAGGUGACACAAUGGAUAAAGUGGAUGUGCUAUCAGCAUUGGCAGAAGUUGCUUUGGAAAGAGAGGAUAUUGAAACAUCUCUCAGUGACUACCAGAAAGCAUUGUCCAUUCUAGAACGGCUUGUUGAACCAGACAGUAGACUCAUAGCAGAAUUAAGUUUCCGAAUAUGUUUGUGUUUGGAGAUUGGUUCUAAGCCUCAGGAAGCAAUCCCAUAUUGCCAGAAAGCAAUAUCAAUUUGCAAGUCAAGGCUGCAGCGGCUUGUGAAUGAAGUAAAGAGUUCCUCAGAAUCAGCAAUGUCAUCAACAGUGUCUGAAUUGAGUGAGGGUGUACAGCAAUCAUCCAAUGGCUUGGAGAGUGAUAAAGCUGUUGCAGAUAAAGAAUCAGAAAUUGAAACACUUACUGGCCUGUCUGGAGAGCUAGAAAAGAAGCUUGAAGAUCUUCAACAGCUAGCUCUGAAUCCAAAAUCUAUUCUUUCUGAAAUCCUGGGAAUGGCAUCUGCCAAGGCAAUAAGAAGUGAGAAAAGUGCAGCUCCAGCUGUGUUGAGUUCUUCACAGAUGGCUACUGCUAACAGCAGUGGAGGUUUUGACUCCCCAACUGUUUCCACUGCUCACACGAAUGGGGCUGCGGUCACUCAUCUUGGUGUUGUGGGAAGAGGAGUCAAGCGAGUGUUGAUGAGUACAGCCUCAGCAGAAUCAAGCCUAAUGAAGAAACCCACAUUGGACCCCUCAGUAGCAGACAAAGAAGAUGGCAAUUAACCAUUAGUUUUUCCAAAUCUUGAAUGCUCUGAGCUGUGGUAUUUGUAGUCCAAACUGGUAAGUUUCAGUUUCUUUGUUAUGUUCUCAUCUAAAUAUUGAUAACAUAAAACCUUGUAAGCAGCACAAUUGUCUGUCUUGAGCUGGAUCCUGUUAGUGAGGCAGGAGGAAGUAACCUUUAUCUAUUACUCAUUGUGGAAUGUAAUUUGGAAAAAUGAUAUUUCUUUA